GCCGGCAGGCAGGGGCAGGGAGCGGGCUGUGGGAAGGAAAUGAUGUAGAGACACAUCUCUGUCGAGAAUCUGCUUGGACUGCAGUCGGUGCCUCGGCGAGCUGCUCGGGCGGCUAAUGUGAGGCUGGCGCUGGCGGCUGCGGAAACAUGCAGAAAGGAAUCCGCCUCAACGACGGGCACCUCUCCUACCUGGGGCUCCUGGCCAAGAAAGAUGGGAGCAGGAAGGGCUACCUGAGCAAGCGGAGUUCGGACAACACCAAAUGGCACAACAAGUGGUUCGCCCUGCUCCAAAAUAUGCUGUUUUAUUUUGAGAAUGAUUCUGCCUCGAAAGCCUCAGGUCUCUACUUGCUGGAAGGAUGCGUGUGCGAGAGGGCACCGUCUCCCAAACCAUCGCUGUCCGCCAAGGAAUCCUUGGAGAAACAGUAUUAUUUCACCAUUAACUUUGGCCAUGACGCUCAGAAAGCCCUGGAGCUGAGGACAGAGGACAUGAAGGAUUGUGAUGACUGGGUUACAGCAAUCGGCCAUGCAAGUUACAGGAACCUUGCAACAGAACACGAGUCCCUGAUGCAGAAAUACCUCCACCUGCUGCAGAUCGUAGAGACCGAGAAAACAGUCGCUAAACGACUGCGACAGCAGAUUGAGGAUCAAGAGAUUGAAGUUGAGCGACUGAAGGCUGAGAUCGCUUCGCUGCUCAAAAACAACGAUCGCAUCCAACUAACCCAGCCGGUGACGCAGAAUGAAGAAGAUGUUGAUAUAAAGAAAAUUAAGAAGGUCCAAAGCUUCCUGCGAGGAUGGCUGUGCAGGAGGAAGUGGAAGACCAUCAUUCAGGACUACAUCCGCUCUCCGCACGCGGAGAGCAUGAGGAAGAGGAAUCAGGUUGUGUUCAGUAUGCUGGAGGCUGAGGCUGAGUAUGUCCAACAGCUCCACAUCCUUGUGAACUGCUUCCUCCGACCCCUCCGCAUGGCAGCCAGCUCCAAGAAGCCUCCGAUUGCCCACGAUGAUGUCAGCAGCAUAUUUCUAAACAGUGAAACAAUUAUGUUCUUGCACCAAAUAUUUUACCAGGGACUGAAGGCUCGAGUUUCCAGCUGGCCCACAUUGGUAUUAGCUGACCUGUUCGACAUUCUCCUUCCGAUGCUGAACAUCUAUCAGGAGUUUGUAAGGAAUCAUCAGUACAGUCUGCAGAUCCUGGCCAGCUGCAAGCAAAAUAGGGACUUUGACAAACUUCUGAAACAGUAUGAAGCAAAGCCGGACUGUGAAGAGAGGACACUGGAGACAUUCCUGACCUAUCCAAUGUUUCAGAUCCCCAGAUACAUCCUGACUCUGCACGAGUUACUGGCUCACACACCCCAUGAGCAUGUGGAGAGGAAGAGUCUGGAGUAUGCAAAGUCAAAGCUGGAGGAACUCUCACGAAUAAUGCACGACGAAGUGAGUGAAACAGAAAACAUUCGCAAGAACUUGGCCAUCGAGCGGUUGAUUGUGGAGGGCUGUGAGAUUCUUUUAGACACCAGUCAGACAUUUGUACGGCAAGGAUCGCUUAUCCAAGUACCAAUGACAGAGAAAGGGAAAAUCACUCGUGGUCGGUUGGGGUCACUCUCACUGAAGAAGGAGGGCGAAAAACAAUGCUUCCUGUUCUCCAAACACUUGAUAAUUUGCACCAGAGGAUCGGGUGGGAAACUCCAUUUAACAAAAAUGCUGUUUGACAGUAAACGAAAUGGUGUUCUCUCCCUCAUUGACUGCACCUUGGUGGAGGAUCCAGAGACUACAGAAGAUGAAACACGGGGAGCAGGUCAGGACAUGGAACACCUUGAUUUCAAGAUUGUGGUGGAACCGAAAGAUGCUCCGUCGUUCACUGUAAUUCUGGUGGCCUCAUCACGGCAGGAGAAAGCAGCAUGGACAAGUGACAUCAGCCAGUGCAUAGAUAAUAUUCGAUGCAAUGGUCUGAUGAUGAAUGCAUUUGAAGAAAAUUCCAAAGUCACAGUUCCGCAGAUGAUUAAGUCUGACACCAGCCUUUACUGUGACGAUGUGGAUAUAAGGUUCAGCAAAACCCUCAACUCCUGCAAAGUUCUCCAGAUUCGCUAUGCAACUGUGGAACGUCUGCUGGAGCGCCUGACUGACCUGCGCUUCUUAAGUAUAGACUUCCUCAACACAUUCCUGCAUUCAUACCGGGUAUUCACUACAGCCGAUGUGGUGCUGGACAAGCUCAUCACCAUUUACAAGAAGCCAAUAAGUGCAAUACCUGCAAGGUCACUUGAACUCUUUCUUGCAAGCAGCCAAAAUAAUAAGCUUCUGUACAGGGAGCCCCCAAAGUCCCCACGAGCGAGUCGGAAAUUUUCCUCUCCGCCGCCCCUUUCCAUUUCUAAGACAUCAUCGCCAAUUCGGAGGAGGAAGCUUUCCCUUAAUAUUCCCAUUAUUACUGGGGGGAAAGCCCUGGAUCUUGCCACCAUGACCUGCUCAUCCAAUGGCUAUGCAAGCAUGUACUCCUCACCAUCCCCCUUCAGCAAGACCAGCCUGGAUAUCAACAAACUCUACGUAUCCGGCAACUAUUCCAACAAACUCCCCGAUGAGCAAGAAACCAAAUCUGACAAAGCUGAAGAUUCUGGUCCCAGCAAAGGAGGUGCAGCCAGGACAGUUAAGGAGGAUUCUGAGAUUGAGCAAGGCCUGAGCGAUGAGGGUGAGACUGAAACAUCACCAACAAAAUCACCAACUACUCCGAAAAAACUAAAAGCAAAGAACUCCUCAGAAUUCUCCUUGUUUUCCUACAAUAAUGGAGUAGUAGUCACGUCCAGUCGGGAGAUGGAGAACAACCGCAGCGCGCUGUCAGCGACCUCAGCCUUUGCCAUUGCGACAGCAGGUGCCAACGAGGGCACUCCCACCAAGGAGAAGUUCAGGCGGAUGUCCCUGGCCAGUGCAGGCUUUCCUGCUGAUCAGAGAAUUUGUGACAAAGAAUUUGUCAUUCGGAGAGCAGCUACGAAUCGUGUGCUCAACGUGUUGAGGCAUUGGGUCUCAAAGCAUUCCCAGGAUUUUGAAGCAAACAUUGAGCUGAAAAUGAAAGUGAUUGGUUUUCUCGAGGAAGUCAUUCAUGACCCUGAAUUACUGACUCAGGAGAGGAAAGCAGCAGCCAAUAUCAUCAGGACACUGAGUGAAGACGACCCAGGAGAUAACCAAAUCCCACUGGAAGAGAUUAUGAACACGACGGAAGAAGAGACUUUUGAGAAUCUCUCUGCCCUGGAGAUUGCUGAAGAGCUGACUUUGUUGGAUCAUCUGGUCUUUGGGUGCAUUCCAUAUGAGGAGUUUUUUGGUCAAGGUUGGAUGAAACCUGAGAAGAAUGAAAGAGCCCCGUACAUUAUGAAAACCACCAAACAUUUCAAUGAUAUCAGCAACUUAAUAGCUUCGGAGAUUCUGAAGAGCAAUGAUGUGAAUAUCCGAACGGCAGCCAUUGAGAAAUGGGUGGCAGUGGCGGACAUCUGUAAGUGUCUACACAAUUACAAUGCAGUGCUGGUGAUAACUUCAGCAUUGAACAGGAGUGCCAUCUUCCGGCUGAAGAAAACAUGGCUGAAAGUAUCAAAGCAGACCAAGGCUUUAAUAGACAAGCUACAAAAACUGGUGUCUUCUGAAGGGCGGUUCAAAAAUCUCCGGGAAGCACUGAAAAAUUGUGACCCUCCGUGUGUUCCUUACUUGGGAAUGUACCUGACGGACCUGGUCAUUGAGGAAGGAACACCCAAUUAUGCUGAAGAUGGCUUAGUCAUCUCCAAGAUGAGAAUGAUAUCUCACAUAAUCCGAGAAAUCAGGCAAUUCCAGCAGACCUCCUACAAGAUAGAGCAACAAACCAAGGUGGCACGAUACUUACUGGUCCAGUCCAAUGUCAUGGAUGAAGAAAGCCUUUAUGAAGCUUCUCUGAGGAUAGAACCAAAGCAGCCAACCUGAAUCACAAUUGUCCCUUUGCAUCAGAAACCUUGCAUAACCAAUGAUACCGCUGGUCUCCUUCAACGUGCUGUGCAUGGGCCAUCGCUGAAGAGAAGAUACCACAAAAAACACAAGGAGUGCACCAUCCGUCCACCUGCUCCAGAGGGCCAUUUGACAAUAAAUAGCUGCUGGACUUUUAUUGUAGAGCAAAUCUUUUUCAAAAAAACAGUGCAGCAGUUGUUGGUAUUUGUGGUUACAAAUGAGCCAUUUUAGCAUUCUUUAGAAAAUCUACAUUGUUCCUUAAAAUUAUCCAGGAAGGGAUGGUGUAAUGGGCCAGAACACUGUCCUUUAACUUCCAGGGCUUGGAUCCAAUCCAGCCCAGGGUGCUGGGCCCACGGUAUGAACACUUACCCUCCCUCACAGAUGUGUGGAUAGUCAGCAGACUCCUUUCGUCACUGGGACCAGAGUUCAUGUCCAGAGUGGCAGGGCAAAUGUAUCCUCACUGAGGUGGGACCUGUUCCAAUUUACCUCAGACUGAUGGGCUGAAUGGCCCUUAUCACUGAUGAGGGCUGUGCGAUGUCGGCAUCCACACACGGUCUUCUUAUCCCAGGCUCGAGGCUGAAUGCAGCUGUCACCCCUUAGCUGAUGGAGGUGACUUUUCACCACUGGAGGCGGUGUGAUGUAACUGACCACCACACCGUCAUCUCCCAGGGAGGAUCUGAGUUCAUAUCCCAAACUGAAUGCUUUCUCUCUCUAGCUCACUAACCUUCCACCUCUGGGUCCAAACUAAGCUUACCUUAAAGGGUCGUAAGCUUCCUUUCUCUGAUUAAGCCUGCAUUAGCACCCUUGGGACCCUGAUUUGAAUCCCACCCUUGCUGAUCUCUGGUUGUUAAAUAAUGAGGCUCCAAAGUCCUGUCCACUUUGGGCAGACAAGCCUAAAAAUCCACUUGACGUAGUACCAAAUUCCAAUUGAUGUCUAUGGCUAGUGUGGAGAUGUCCACUCACCCCUUCUGAGGCUAAGAUAUAUCACUCAAGAGUAUAGAGAGAUCAUUAGUCUGCACCUGCCCCAUGCUUUACCUAACUGCAGAACACUGAACGCCACAAUUUCUCAACUCAUUAAGAUGAGAAUUACCAAGAUAAACCUCACCUUAAUGAGGACCAGAAAAAAACUGUCCCUGAUCUAAAAACAAAACUCCCUUACAAACAAUUCUGGAAUGAGAGUUCUGCUGAAGCUCAAUCUCCAGGCCAAUGCUUCUCUGUAGACCUCAAGCUGGUUUAAAUUUCUCUGGAGCUGCUCUGACUGACACAGGGUGCUUUGCACCCACAGUGUACAGGAUAAGGUUUGUCCACAGAGGCUUUGGUCAGCUCUUGGAGUCUCUGAGUAGUGAUGGGAGACGUAAAUAGGCUGGAGCUUUGCUCUGCGUGUACUUACAUUAUUUUAUGAGUAAAGAGAUUUUUCACAAGUC